UCUUAUAUCAGGUACUGCUGGAAAAGAUCCACUUCUACAAUCCAAAGAACUGUAAAUCUGUCAGAUCUGUACUGCCGCUUAGAUGUUUGUUUUAUAAUGGAAAUGCAGGCAUCCAUAGGUCCAAAGGUCUACUGUUAUAGUCCCUCUGGAACUCCCUGCGAUCCAGGAGAAUUUAAAGACUGCAAGAUGUAAAAAAGAUAGGAGAAGAACAAGGCGAGAGGAGGGAAAGAUGUACAACCAGGGAAUCUUUCGAAAGGAUUAGAUGCAUUUUACCCUUCCUGACUUGGACACUAGUAUGUGUUGGUGUAAAUUACAUUUUACACUCCCUGACAAGGUUGUUAUGAUCUGAUUGGCACCAAUAAAUGUAUAAAACCGGAUUAUCAGAAGCUGUCAGAGCUUGUGGUCCAUGAACUUUGAACUCUGCAGAGAAGUGUCCUUCAAGACCUGAUUUAGCCGUUUUAUGACACGUCACCUGACAGAGCUCAACAGCUUAACCUGAAACAAACCAGGAAACAGUUUAAUUUUCUGAAUUCUGAGUCCAGGUGGACAGACGGAUCUUUAAAGGCUUUCCUGCCACAAUCUGAAGGUGAGUUUGGACAAUAUCACUAAAACUGGUUUGGGUGAGUUUAACGGAGGAAGAAGGUGGACUCAUGUCUGACCGUACUGCGUUGUUCUCAGCCUGAAGAAAUGUCUUUGAAGAGCCAGAAUGAGAGCUUCUUACCAGAGAGUGAUCAGACAACCUCCGCCACUCUGUGCACUCUUCACAAUGAGACAUUCAAGCUGUUCUGCCUGGACCACCAGCAGCCUGUGUGUGUCGUCUGCAGGGAUUCCAAACAACAUUUCAGGCACAGUUUCCAUCCUAUAAACGAAGCUGCACAGGAUCACAGGGAGAAACUGUUGACUCUGCUGAUGCCUCUGAAGGACAAACUGGAGCUGCGGAAGACGGACAAGGAGAAGUUUGAGGUGGCAGCAGAACAUAUCAAAGUCCAGGUCAAGCAGACCAGGAGACAGAUUGUAGAGAGGUUUGAGAAACUCUACCAGUUUCUAGCUGACGAAGAAGAGGCGAGGUUGACUGAACUGAUGGAGGAAGAGAAGCAGAAGAGCUGUGCUAUGGAGCAAAUGCUGACAGCUCUCAGCAUUGAGAUAGAAGCUCUCUCAGAAACGGUCAAAAUCACAGAGGAGGAACUGGAAGCUGAGGAUAUCACAUUCCUGCACAAGUACAGGACAGCAAUGCAAAGGGUCCAGCACUGCCCCCUGCUGGAGGAUCCACAACUCCCCUCAGGAGCUCUGAUAGAUCAGGCCAAACACCUGGGCAACCUGGCCUUCAACGUCUGGAGCAACAUGAAGGACGUGAUCUCAUACUCUCCAGUUGUUUUGGACCCAAACACGGCUCACCCUGCCCUCAUCCUGUCAGAAGAUCUGGUCAGCGUGAGACGAGAGGACAAAAUGGAGCUUCCCGACAACCCAGAGAGGUUUGAUUUUUAUAACUCUGUGUUGAGCUCAGAAGGUUUUGACUCUGGGACCCAAAGCUGGGAUGUGGAGGUUGGAGACAGCUCCUACUGGGGCCUCGGUGUAAUGGCUGAGUCCGUCCAGAGGAAGGGAAACGUGACCUCUGGAUUGUGGGCAAUUCAUCUCUGCAAAGGAAAAUACACAUCGUGGUCACCGAUGGGUUCGUCCACUUACCUCAACAUCCAGGGAGACCUAAGGAGGGUCAGAGUUCAUUUGGACUGGAAAAGAGGAAAGCUGUAUUUCUCUGAUUUGGAUACAAACAGUUACAUACACAUCUUUACACACACCUUCACUGAAAAGUUGUUGCCUAUUUUUAAUCCUGCAGAAGAAAUGAAAAUUUUACCGAUGAAGCUUUCUGUGUCGAAAUGGAAAGUCUGA